AUGUCUGAUCCCCAGUAUGCCGAGUGGCAGUCCGAGAGAAGGAGCAGCUCGACGUCGAUCAGCUCGCUGAGUCUAUCCAUCGACCCAGAGGACAUCGGGAAGGAACUGACACGUGGCGCUCCACUGCAUGUGGCUCUCGGUGGGUGGGGCCGGCAUUGGCGCAGUUCCCAGGAAGCGCUUUUCGCUGACAUGAGCGAGGUCAGCAAGGCAGUGGAAUACUUUGAUGACUUUCUGAGCCAUGACUGGAGAACCUCUCGAUUCCUGAAGCUGAUCGCUUUGCUGAUCUUCUUCAACUCCACGCCGGCUGCCUUGACUUCUUUGAUCGUCAGCUUUGCCGUGGGCCUGCUGCGAAUCUGCGGCAGGUUGCCAGAUGAGCUGUGGACUGUGUCCUUCUCCUUCCUCUCGUAUGUCGGGGUAUUUUGCUUCUGGCAGAGGAUUCGGAUCCUUUUUUCUCGACCCUUCAUGGUAUUCUUCGACAAGCUGUGCAUCAAUCAGUUUGAUUCCGAAGCAAAGAAGCAAGGUAUUCUCGGACUUGGAGCCUUCGUGAUGCGAUCGAAGCAGGUGUUGGUAUUGUGGUCGCCCGAAUACUUCAAUCGCUUGUGGUGCAGCUUUGAGGUUGCUUGCUUUUUGAGCAGCGUGUACAAAGGCAAGGUGGAAUUCAUAUCGGUGAAUGGGAGCUACGUGCUGUUCUUGACUUCGAUCUUGUGGCACAUCAUGAUGUGUGCGUUCUUCAUCAGCGUCUCCAUGCUGAAGCCAUCCACGCCACAUCACUGGAUCGCUAUUACGAUCUUCAUGUCGGCCUCCUCAGCGUCCCUCUUAGUAUUUCUGAACUAUUUGGGCAUAAGCCUUGCGCAACAGGUGAAACAACUUCCCGGUCAGUUGCGGAACUUCCGGGUGCAGGAGACGCAGUGCUUCUGCUGCGUGAACAAGCACCAAGACCCAGGAAGCAAACAAGAACUGGCCUGUGAUCGGGAGUUGGUCUACCAGACCUUGGCCCAGAUGUAUGGCUCGAUGCCAAACGACCCCGAGAACGCCUUGGAAAGCUUCAACCAUCGCGUUCGCGCAGCUGUUGCCAAAAAGAUCAUCCGUCGAGCGACAUUGAAGGCCCCUUUCAAGCACAUCAUGUCGGUCUGCGUUGCGAGCGUUGUGCCCUACCUUUCAGAGCUCAUGUCACGCUUGAACAAGGGGCCUAGGGAUUCUCUUUCAGGCUUCGAUCUGGCGGUUUGGUGUACGAAGACAAUCAUCAUAUGGCUCCAACCUGCUUUGUGUAUCCUGCUCGCCUAUCCAAUCUCCAUCGGCCUGUGGCAGCUAGUCGGCAGCGUGUAUGCAUCACUGUGGAUCAGCCCAGUCAUUGUUCUUGCAAUUGCAACCAACUGGGCCCCAAUUCACCUGGUCGACGUGUUGACUCCACAAAACAGUAUGCUUCCUUUUGUGCCAUUUCUGCUGGUAUUGGCAGUGGUUGUUUUGCUCUAUUCCCCCAUCCUCGACAGAUGCAAGGGGAGCGGACUGGCAGAGAGUGAUGGCCCAGCGGACAAUGAGGAUGCUGGACCCGCAGACCUUUCACUGGAGAUUGCCCCGGUGGCUGCGCAGGACCCAUCAGAUGAUGAAGAUGGUGACAAGCUUUUUACAUGGGCCUUCUGA